UCUGUGCAGAGAGGAGGAGGAGGAGGAGGAGAGCGGCUGAGCGCCACAGUCAGCAGAAGCGCACGUUGUUUUAUAUUGUCAUGGCUCAGUUUAAAUACUGGCGACGCGUGUCUUCUCUCAGCUGAAGCUACAGCCCUGUGGUCCAAACUCUUCAGUCGUUGUUUCUGGGGGAAUAAUCGGGACUCGCCGCCAUCUGACAGUUUUGUUGUCGACUGUGUGACAUUUAUUUAGGAUUAAAAUGGUCAUCAAGGUUUACAUCGCCUCCUCAACCGGCUCUGUCGCGGUAAAAAAGCAUCAGCAGGCUGUGGUGGGUUUCCUGGAGGCCAAUCGGAUCAGCUUCCAGGUAGACAUCACCAUGCUGGAGGAGCAGAGGCUCUGGAUGUACCGCAACAUACCCCGAGACAAACGGCCGGAAAAAGGCAAUCCGCUGCCUCCACAGAUCUUCAACGAGGAUCACUACUGUGGGGACUAUGAAGACUUCUUCCAGUCAAAGGAGAACAACACUGUGUUUGCAUUCCUUGGGCUCAGUUCCCAGCCUUCAGUUAAAGAUUCUGAGUCAUAGAUCGAACUGUUGGUGUGCAAUGCCCAGGGAACCUCAAUAUAUGAGGACACAAACUGUAUCACUUUCUGUGUUGCAUCACAUCCUUUACCGCGAUCCCCUCUGCUAUGACGCCAGCAUUUUGCCAAACUUCAGCCCGCACUGAUUUCAACCUGUAUGACUUCUGACUUUAAAAACUCUCCAAACAACAUUCCACCAUCACUUAAGUCUCCAAAAAGUGUCUGACUCUCAAGAGGCCACAGGAAUUUAAUCAUGGAAGAAGGGGAUUCACCUCAUGAUGCAUGCAUUUGUAGUUUUCUUCUCAUGUUUAACACACUGUGACAGCAAACACCGUUGCAGUAGCAUAAAUUCUGUGCAAACUAGAAGACAAUGUAGCAGGUUUUUGCACCAGUAGACUGGUUUCUUUAGGUCAGUCUACAGUGCAGUGGAGAGGGAGGAAGUGAUCAGGUGCAGCAGUGCAGCACAAGUCACCUGAAUACACACCUGUACUGUGUGUGCGCAUGCCUUAGUAUGUGUGUAUCUGUCUCAAUCAGCAGCUGUUAAUGAAGGCUGCGUUAAGUGAGGGGGAGCUGAGAGGCAGCGCUUAAUGCAACCUGAAACAACCUGAGGACUAGCCAUUAUGUCUGGAUGGGUGAGAGUGUGUGUGUGUGUGUGUGUGUGUGUGUGUGUGUGUGUGUGUGUGUGUCUGUGUGUGUGUGUAUGUGUGUGUGUGUGUGAGUGAGUGCGUGCAAUUUCGUGUAUACAUGUGUGGGAGUGAGGAUGUUUUCCCAGAGGUGGCAGUGACGCAGCAUCUUAACACAAAGGAGAUGAGACCAAAUGUUUAUCCUAAAACAUUCACAAUUGUACAUAUUAUUAUUGCCAGCAAUCAUGUUUAGUUUGUAGUCACUGCCAUCAAAUAAAAACAAACCUUGUUCUUGUAUCAUUCCACUGCCAGUUAGAUUAAAGUACAAGGUUAGCAUUAAUAGCUGUGUUUUUUUAUUGUCUGCAAUUCCCAUAAAAUGACCAAAACCAACACUGUUAUCUUUAUAUGUUGUAACUUCUCUGCUAUGUCUGUGGCACUUCCCAAGUCAAUUUGUUCAAAUGGAAGAUAUAAUUCUUUAAAAACAGGUUUCAAACAUAUAGCUUAACUUUUAAAAAAGGCUCAGUCAGUUCCUAAAACUGGUCACUGUAGUUUUUAGUUUAGUUUUGUAGGGACUAUUUUAAGCUGCGGAUAAAUGCACAUUUGGUGCUUUAGUACUUUACAGAUGAAUGGCACAUGUUGAUUGAUUCAAAAUGAGCUACAGUGCCCAGGUUUAUUUACAAUAAGGGUAGGUUGCUUUUCCUGAAGGGUCGCAGAGAGCUGGGUACACCCUGGACAUAUCACCAGACUAUCGCAGGAGCCCUGUGCAACAGUGUGGCUCAAAUAUACGUUUUUAAUAGUUUUUGGACAAUUGAUCUCUAUGGCACAGAUGAAUAAGCUAUACCAGGCUUUGGCAACACAGACAGGACUUGAUAGGUCUUUUUCAUGGGAUUUGUUGGCAACAUUAAAAAUAUAGAUUAUUACCCGCUUCAUCCUCUAAUCAAGACAGCUGUAGGCUAAGCAUGGUUACAGUCAGGGUCAUGUAGACUACAGGAAAACACUUUACAGAUUACUUUUAAGUCUUACGUGACAGAGGAUCUAAGAGAUACGGAUCUACAAAAUUAUUGCUUUGAAGUUUUCAAGUGGCAAUGCUCCUAACCUCAGUGUUCCCUGUUGUGCUUCCACUUCUCUCUCUAUAUUUCCAAAUGUCUCUAUAUUUCCAAAUGUCUGAGUAAACAGUGGCUUAACGUAGAUUGAUGCAUCAUGGCAAACUCCUGGUCCUGUCCUCUCUGUAUUCUGUGUCUCUCCUUAAAACUGACACUAAGCAUUUUCUUUUUAUGUCUCUGUCUCCUAUUAAAUUAUCAUGGUUGGGUGGUUAACUGAGUCCUUUAUAUUUACACAUGAGGGGCACACACAAACAGAUCACCAUCAGCAGCCAUUUGUGUUGAAUAUUGUGCCAUGCAAUGAAAGGAUAUGUCAUUUCUUUUCAUUUUAAAUCAAACGCAGGAUAUCAUGUUAUCACCACUGACACUGACAACAUUCCUAUAUCACUGACUUGUAUCAUAGUGAUCUAGUGAUUUUUGUGAAUGGAUACUAACAAGAUUGUUGGACACCUCUCUGUGAUUCUGUUGUAGUUAAUUGCAUUUUUUUUUUUUUUUUUGGUGUAACAGGCUCAUGAGAAUUGUAAUCAGUAACACAUUUCUGUACGGGUUAUUUUGCACAACAAAGCUUGCAAUAAAGAUUGCAAUAUUUUAAGUUUA